AUUGCCAAACCUUAAUCCAAUCAAAAGAAUUUUCUCCCCAAUUUGUUCAUCCCGCUCUUACUCUCCCUUGUUCAGAGUAAACCACUACCUUUCUAUUCACCUCUUUCUUUCUCCUCUCUCUAUAAACCCUACAAUUUUCACUGUUGCCCCAAAUCAUGGCUCUGGUCUUGCAUGCAGGGAACACAAAUAAAAAUGCCUACAAGGCUCUCAUCGCUGCAGAAUAUAAUGGUGUGAAAGUCGAGUUGGUCAAAGAUUUUGAGAUGGGUGUAUCCAACAAAACGCCCGAGUUUCUUGAAAUGAACCCCAUUGGGAAGGUUCCAGUCUUGGAAACUCCUGAUGGCCCUAUUUUUGAAAGCAAUGCCAUUGCAAGAUAUGUUACACGGUUGAAGGCUGAUAGUCCACUCUAUGGCUCCUCACUGAUUGAUUAUGGCCACAUUGAGCAGUGGAUUGAUUUUGCAUCUCUAGAGAUUGAUGCUAAUAUAUUGCGCUGGUUCGUUCCAAGGCUGGGAUUUGCUGUAUAUCUUCCUCCGGCUGAGGAAGCUGCCAUUUCUGGAGUCAAGAGGGGCUUGGAAGCCUUGAACGCACAUCGCUCUAAUACCUACCUGGUUGGACACAAUGUGACAUUGGCUGAUAUAGUCAUGACAUGCAACUUGGUUCUUGGUUUUAGUCGGAUUAUGACUAAGACAUUUACCUCUGAAUUUCCUCACGUUGAAAGAUAUUUUUGGACUAUGGUUAAUCAACCAAAUUUCAAGAAGGUUCUUGGUGAAAUUAAACAAACAGAAUCUGUUCCACCAGUUGCAAAGAAACCUUCUCAGUCCGUCAAGCCCAAAGAAGAACCAAAGAAAGAGGUCAAGAAAGAAUCGACCAAGCCCAAAGAAGCUCAUACACCUGUAGAGGAGGAAGAGGCUCCCAAACCAAAGCCAAAGAAUCCUCUUGAUCUUCUGCCUCCCAGUAAGAUGAUACUGGAUGAGUGGAAAAGGCUCUACUCUAACACCAAAACCAAUUUCCGUGAAGUUGCAAUUAAAGGAUUUUGGGAUAUGUAUGAUCCAGAGGGCUACUCUUUAUGGUUUUGUGACUAUAAGUACAAUGAGGAAAAUACUGUCUCAUUCGUGACCAUGAACAAGGUUGGUGGAUUCUUACAAAGAAUGGAUCUUGCUAGGAAGUAUGCAUUUGGCAAGAUGUUGGUGAUUGGAUCAGAACCCCCAUUCAAGGUCAAGGGUUUGUGGCUCUUCCGUGGACAAGAGAUCCCUCAAUUUGUGCUUGAUGAAUGUUAUGACAUGGAACUUUAUGAGUGGAAAAAGGUGGACAUCAACGAUGAGGCUCAAAAGGAGCGUGUCAGUCAAAUGAUUGAAGAUUACGAGCCUUUUGAGGGAGAAGCUUUACUAGAUGCCAAAUGCUUCAAGUAAUGGGUGUUUUAUGGCUAGGGAGGCUAUGUAGUGGUGGUUUGGUGAUGCAUACACAUAUCUGCUACCUCACACUUUCAACUUUAGAAUUUGGAGGAAUUAAUGAUUUUCCAAAUAUUGCUAGAGUUGUGCUUUUAGACGUUUUCGCAGGAGUCAUCUGGUUGACAAUACUGGCUUUUAGAUGGUUUUGCAGGGUCAGGAUCUUAGUCACCAGGUUAACAAUACUAUUCCUUACUGCUUGCUUUUCUAGGUAACCCCGAGGAAAAUUUGAUAUGAUAAACGUAAUAGUGUGUGACUUUGCAGUAUAACUAACAUGUUAUGCUUAUUAUUUUACCUGAGAAUGGUGAUACAUUGGGCAUUCUAGUUGCCAUGUUCCAAGGACUAUAGUUGAUGUAUACAUUGAUUAGCAAGUUUUAAAAAUAGUUCUAUAAGUAAAUAAUGUACAACCCAAAAUGGUUUCGUGUUUGGGGUACAAGAGCAAAGAGUCGGCCACAGUCUAAUGUUUGAAAAUUGAGGUAUAAUUUAAAAAAAAAAAAAAAAUUAGUUUUUUUUUGACACCAAAGUUAAUAAUUUCUUUUGUUACAUUUGGAUUUUUUAUUUAUUUUUAUUUUUAUUUAUUUUUUUAUUUUUUAUCCAAGAAAAUCAACUAAGGGUAUGUUCACUUUAAUUUCAAUUCAGUUUAGCUCUAAUCAAUUCAAUUCCUAAUUUUCUUCUUUCAUAAACAAUUUAUUUCAAUUUAACUCCAAUUAGUUCAGUAGAUCAUGUCCUAAUUUCUAAGACAUAGUUAAAUUCCUAUAAGACAAAUUACACUGAUUCCAUGAUAAAAUUAAUGUCAUUUGAUUAGUAAAUUUAUAAGUAAUGGUGUUAAGAACUAGGUAAUAAAAUAAUAAUCG